AUGGCGGACGAAGGUGGGGAGAAUCUAGAACACGGAUUACAGUUAUUACAGAAAUGCUCGAAACAGGACGCCGAGAAGGUCAGGAAAUUAGAAAGAAAUAAUACAAGAUUAUAUAGGGCUUCGUUAAUACCAAGUAAAUUAUAACGUUGAGUUUGAUUGGUCGAGAUGAUGACUGGCAAAUUUUUGUUUAAGCUUUUUGAUAUGGUUGCGGAAGACGUCGAUCAUAACCUUUUCGAGGCACUCCUUUGUUUAUCCGCACCCCUCGUAUGGAAGGCAUAAUUUAAUAAUUUCUAGAAGGACUUUGUCGGAAUCUUACAUUUUUACUUCAAUAAAGGGUUUCGGGAUUGGCCUUUUACCCACAAUGAGUCAUCAUCAUAGGGACUUUUUAGCCUGUUUUACCGCAUGGUCUGUGGGAAUCGCUGAUCUAGAUGAAGAUCUGUCGGAAUCCUGCCCUCCAUAAGGUGAGGCGAGAUAAGAGAAUUGUAGGAAUCACAGUUCAAGAGAUAAGGGACUGUCGGAAUCAUACCCUUAUUUAAGUCAAAACAUAAGGAUUUGUGUGGGAAAAUCUGCUAACCAAGGUAAUUUAGCUUGAAAUGAUUUAUUUCAAUUUUAAUACAAGUCUGUUACUGUCUUUAACCCUGGUUCAGGUAACUCAUGACCUGUUGGACUGCAUAUGCAGUGGGAAGAACCUGAGAUAUCAGAGCUAUGGGAAACUUUGGACCAUUCAGGAGUGGAAAGUGUUACAAGAAAAUGGGAAGGAAGAACUGAAAGGAUUCAUCACCAGAGGUCUCAACAAAGAACAGGUUUCUAUAAUUACGUACCGUUUUCUAAUAUCUAUACAUGUAUUCUUUUAAUUAGCCUGGGCCAGGCUCUCUGAUAAUAGGAUGUUGCGAAAACAAAAAUAUCUCUGCACAUUUAUACUAUCUUGGAACCUGAAAAAGGAUAUCUUUUCAUCAUCAUCAUCAUAGUAAUAAUAAUAAUAAAAAUAAUAUUAAUAAUAAUUUUAUUAUUAUUGAUUAUUUUAAUACUGUGUACAGUAAUUUGGAUGUUGUAAGCUCCAACAAACAUCCAUAACAACUCCAAGGAUGGCUCAAACCAAAACACCCUCUGUGAGGGGAGUAUGUUUUUUUCACAGUGUUCACAGAUAGGUACUUGACUGUGUAUUUACAGAUGAUUUGAGUUCUUGUCAGGUUUUUUUAAACAGAACCGCAUCCACAUGUAUCUUCGUAACGGAAAUGCUUCUAAUAAAAAGUGAGUGAACUUUUCUUCAGAUCUCCAAUGAACUUGACAGAUAUUCUCUUUCUGGAGAAGUUAAACAAGCUGUGCUAGAUUGCCUGUGGCCUCGACAAGAAGAAGUGAGACAAAGCUUGGUACAAAAUACAGCUAUGAUAUCGAACGCUGUUUUGAAAGACUUUGAUUGGAAAGUAAAGGUACGUAUUGCUGGUUAUUUUCAAACCAAAACAAUGGCACAGUGAACAAAGGUCAUGAAGAUUAUGCUGUUCUCCCCCAGGUGGGCACUCCUCAGAAUUCUUGGUGGGGGUGUCCCAAAGAAAGGAGAACCCGGGGAAGCCAUGAUUUUAAAUUUAUUGUACCGAAAGGACAUAAAGAUAUUUUUAGAUUUUCUUUUUUUCCCAGGACAAUAACUGAAUGGAACAAACUUCCAGAAGAAACUGUUUCCAGCCAAUCCCUCUGUAUUUUUAAAAGCAAACUAAUUUAGUUUUCUUUUUAUCAGUGGUUUUUUUAAUAGUUUUUAAUAGUUUUUUAAUAGUUUUUAAUAGUUUUGUAUAUUCUGGUAUAGUUUUAUUUAUUAUUAUCUUAGAGUUGGCGUGAUGUCCCAAACGAUUUUGCCGACAUAACGAUAUUUAGAUUUAGAUUUAGAUUUAGAUUUAGACCAAAAUGACACAAAAACCAUACCAGUCGCUUUGGGGUAGCACAUACCUAUAUGACUUAUAGGUAUGUGCGGGCUUUUUCCCCAUGGCAUUUUCUAUGUAUGCAUUUUUAUUCUUGUGAGAUUGUUGAGCUUACCGGUAAAUUUAAUCGGUCAAUUUUUCAUCAGUUUAAUUUUAUUGUAAAGUACUCUUUAUUGUUAAUUUUCAACUCAUAGAUGACCAUGUCCAGUGAUAAGUUAGCUACCAUAAGGCAGCCCACAGUUACUGUGAAUUUUGAUGUGGAUGAGAGUGGCCAGGACAGACAUAUCUCAGUAGAACUUACAAAUGAUGAACUGAAACACCUUAUAUCGUCUUUAGAAGCAGCCAAUAAGGUUGGUUCUAGAACUUAA